AUGGCCAUUUUACCAGGCUCUGCAGAGGGCUUGAACGCCUUCCUCGAGAGCCUCGAUGACGGCGAUCCCAUGACCUCUAGGCACUUGGUACUCAGCACCUUCCAAGGUCUACACUCCCGCAUCCUCGUCGAGAAAGGCCAACAGAAGACAGUCGGCCGGAGCAAGGGCAAGGGCAAGGCCACAGCAACCGAGGUCGAGACAAACGUUCCGGACGUAGAGGACGACGAGCCGAACGAACCAGAGGACGACCAGUAUGAAGAGGAUUCGUCAGGCCCCAACGCACUGGACGACCCCACGGCCCUCGAUGCGGUCAUCGACAGAUUCGAACUCCUGAUCCCGCCAGAUUCAUUCUCCAUGAUCUUCAUCGACGAAGGCCAUCGCGUCAAGAACCCCAUCAGCAAGCAGACGAUUGCUCUCUGGCUCCUCGUCGGCAAGUAUGUCCUCAUGACCGCGACGCCGUCGAAGGCGUCGUUGUUGGAUCUUUUCGGCAUCCUGCGGUUCGGGUUCAAGGCCCUCCAGGCCAAGGGCGAAAUCUCGACGGAGCCCCUGACCCACCAGGCAUACAAGUCGCUCUACGCGACGUUCCGAGACGAGUACGAUCACGACCUGUUCGCCAUCCCAAGCGAGCAGCGCUUGGAUUAUCUGCGGGCGCUGAACCCAGCGGGCUUCCGCAAGCUCUGUCGCAGCGAGAGGGACGCCCGCAACGUCACCAACGGCACUGACAUUCUGCCACUCAUCAUGUCCCUGUUCAUGCUGCGUCGGUCCAAGGGUGACACCAUCACUGCCGCCGAUCAAGAAGUCGUCAUCGGAUCUGAGAUCCCUCCUUAUCAGAUCAUCAACGUCGAGCUCGGCAUGGGCCCGCAACAGGCCAUGCUGUAUCGCGGCGUCGAGGAGAACGUGCGUCAAGUCGAACAGCAGUUUCGAGACGCACUCGCUACCGGUGAGGCGUUGGAGAAGAAGCUCGCCAAGCAGGCAGCUAGGAAGCAGCGCAAGAAGCGCAAGAACGACUCCUCCUCUUCUUCCUCCUCGUCAGAGAGCGAUGUCAACGAGUCAGACUCGGAUAACGACUCUCCCACAGCCGGCAAGACGAAGACCGAUGCAGAGAAGCCGACAGAGGAAGUCAAACUCGACGACGAUGAGACCCGCGAGGCACUCAAGCGGCGUCGCCUGGCCAUCGCCUCGUUCAAUCCCCGUCUGGACGCCUUCGAGUCCCGCAAGAUCGGCUGCAACGCACAGACUGCACACCACAGGGCGAACGCCGGUACGGACUCAUUUGACUUCAUCUACAACUGGACCCACGAUGACUUCGACGUUGCUCCUCCCAACAACAGACUCGACAUGGCCCACUACCUUUCCGCCACGUCCGUCAAGACCCAGGCAGUAUUGGCGAUCAUCAAGCACCACCUCUUCGACUGCGACGAGAAGGUCAUCGUCUGGGCAACCGAGCCACCGGUCCUGAUGCAAUUGGAGAUCCUUCUCAAAAUCCUCCACAUCGAGACUGUCGUCAUCCGCGCCGGCAAGAAGAACUCCGAGCGAGUUCAAGCUGAGGUCGACUUCAACACCAAUCCCAAGGUCAAAGUCAUCUUGCUCUCUGUC